CUUCACACAGCAUGCUACCCAACGAGGGCUCACUGCUAUUCAAUAGCACGGAUGUGCCACUCCUACCGAAAGUCACACUACAAAUUGUCGAUCUGUCGCAUCAACACGAAACGAAUGAUGUGCAAAUUGGACAAAAUCUAGAACUACAAAUCAUUGCUGAAUACUCACCACACCAGCAAGAGUUGGUUAACUAUGCACUGCCACCAUUGCCCGACUUUCGCGCGACUUCGCUGAUUGCCAAAACACAGGACAAUCAAAAUUUCGUGCAACUCAUCGAUGAACGUGGCUGCCCCAUUGAUGUCACGGUAUUUCCCGCAUUGGAGCGUAAACACUCAACUACACAAAAUAUGUUAAGAGCACGUUUUCACGCCUUCAAAUUUGCCGGAUCUUCGUUAGUGAACUUCGAUGUGAAUAUACGUUUUUGUAAACAACGCUGCCUCGGAGAUAAUUGUUAUCCAUAUGGUAGUGGUGGUGGUGGUGGUGGUGGUGGUGGUGUUAGCACGAGCCCCAGCAAGGAUGACAGCUAUAGCAGCGCUACAGCUAAUCUUGUAAGUUCUGCUACACGAAAACGCCGCCAGAUCCGGCCACCAAUUAGGGAAGAGGAGCCAGAGUCUCCACUCUCGGAUCGUUUUAAGGUUCAAAACCCCGUUUACAUAUCGACGGUGAUGGAUGUGCCCCAAGAACAGCUUGAAGAGAUGAAUUUGACGCGUGACUCAAAGACUGACAAUAUGUCGAUGCAAGAUUUGGGCAUACUUCCACUGAACUAUAAUUUACACGUGCGUGGUCCUGAUCAGGUCAGCAGUAAUAGCUUUAUUUAUGGCGAGCGUGGCGUCUUACUGAUUGCGGGCAUUGAUCACAUGCAAUUGGACAACUUUUGCUUGAAUCAAAGCCUUCUCAUCGCUCUACUGAUUUUCUGGCUAAUCUUUCAGGUUGCACUCAUGUUCAGCUGCUGCUAUGUUAUACAGAAAUACAAACGUUUGGCAGUAAUGGAUGAAGAACGCCGAAAGAUCAAAGAGAGCCUAGACUACCUCGAAAGUCGACGCGUACACUGGGCGGACCAAGGUGGUUACACGCUUUGAUAAUAAAUAAAUUCAAAUUUACACUUUUGCUUGUAAAUAAAUCUUGAUUUUAGUGCAAGAAAGUUAUAUACAGCCCAAUUCUGAAUACUCCCGGGGUGUUUGUUCUCCGGGAAUUCGUUUCUCCAGAGAAAGAAAUCUUCCAAUUAAUAAAUCCC